UAGGAUGACGGCUUCAUAGCGCUCAGGAUUUCAGAUGGUCCUGCUGGUUGACCCGGGAGAGCGGCGGAGCCGGGCUAUCGGUGUCCCCGGCACAUUGGAAUCGUACAGUUUCCAACAUGUUCAAAAGUAGACUGAAGAUCAUGGGCCUCACCCCCGACCUGUUCCCGGAAACACCCCUGUUGCCGUCCCUGCCCGUGAUAUCGACGGCACGGUCCGGCCACGCUCAGCAGCCCCGGCGGCGCAGCAGCGGGUGUGAGAGCGCUGCCGGGCCUCGGCCGGUGCGCUCGGCCCCCGGGCCGGGCCCCAGCAGAGGCAGCAUGGAGGUGGGCAUGCGCGUGGUCCGCGGCCUCGACUGGAAAUGGGGAAACCAGGACGACGGCGAGGGCCACGUGGGCACCGUGGUGGAGAUCGGGCGGCAGGGCAGCACCACCACGCCGGACAAGACGGUGGUGGUGCAGUGGGACAGCGGCACGCGGACCAACUACCGCACCGGCUACCAGGGCUCCUUUGACCUGCUGCUUUAUGAUAACGCGCAAAUCGGCGUGCGUCACUCCAACAUCAUCUGUGACAGCUGCAAGAAGCACGGCAUCAUGGGAAUGCGAUGGAAGUGCAAAGUGUGCUUCGACUACGACCUGUGCACGCAGUGCUACAUGAACAACAAGCACGACCUCGGCCACGCCUUCGAGCGCCACGAGACGGCGCACUCCCAGCCAGUGAUCUUGGCACCGAGGCAGAACCUCCCGCGGAUCAUCCUCAAAGGAAUCUUCCAGGGAGUUAAAGUGGUUCGUGGACCUGACUGGGAUUGGGGCAACCAAGACGGCGGGGAGGGUAAGGUCGGGAAGGUAGUGGACAUUCGCGGCUGGGACACCGAGUCGGGUCGCAGCGUGGCCAGUGUGACCUGGUCCAACGGCACCACCAACGUCUACCGAAUGGGCCACAAGGGCAAGGUAGACCUCAAAUACGUGUCCGACGGCCAAGGAGGCUUCCAUUACAAAGACCACCUCCCAAAGCUCGGAGAGCACGCAGAGCUGCAGCGCCAGGAGAGUGCUGACAGACACUCCUUCCAGCAGGCCGACAAGGUCAAAUGUCUGUUGGAAGUGGAGAUCCUGCGACAGAUGCAGGAGGGUCACGGAGGGUGGAACCCCAAAAUGGCUGAGUACAUUUUCCGGCUCGGGACUGUUCAUAGAAUCACUGACCGAGGAGAUGUCAGAGUCCAGUACAGCAACAACAUCCGCUGGACGUUCCAUCCUGGGGCUCUCACCAAGGUGAACACUUUUGGAGUUGGCGAACUAGUCAGAGUAUUGGAGGACAUCGAGAGUGUGAAGAGACUGCAGGCUGGCCAUGGAGAGUGGACAGACAGCAUGGCUCCUGUGCUCGGCCAAGACGGCAAGGUGUUGAAAGUAUACGCGGAUGGCGACCUGCGGGUGGCGUUCGGAGGCCAGACGUGGACGUUCAACCCGGCGUGCCUCUCGGCCCAGAACGUGGAGGUGGAUGCCAACCUCAUGACGGCCGAGAACCCCAACGAAUCUGGAAGUACCGUCAUCUCGGUGUUGGAGAAGCUGCUGUCUCAGUCCACAGAGCAGGACAAUCCCAGCCGGCUGGUCAUCGAGGCCGCACACGGCAGUGCCAACAAAGUGCGCGAGUUGGUGCUGAAGUACCCCGACAAGGUGGAUAUAAAGAACCAGGGCAAGACUGCACUGCAGGUCGCUGCUCACCAAGGCCACAUGGAGGUGGUGAAGGCCCUGCUGCAGGCCAACGGCUCCAUCGAAGUCAAGGAUGAAGACGGAGACACAGCAUUGCACUACACUGCCUUCGGUAACCAGGCAGAUAUCACACGGCUGCUAUUGAGCAAAGGGGCAAACGUCAACCUCCUGAACAACUCCAUGUGCACGGCGCUCCACAUUGCCGUCAACAAGGGCUUCACCGACGUGGUGCGAGUGCUCACCGAACAUUCAGCUGACGUCAAUCUCCAGGAUUCAUAUGGGGACACGCCGCUCCAUGACGGCAUUGCGAAAGAUUUCCGAAAUAUCAUCGAGAUCCUGGUCUUGGUGCCCAACAUUGACUUCACACAGCAGAACCACAGAGGCUUCAACCUGCUGCACCAUGCCGCCCUCAAAGGACACAAACUGGCGACGGAGAAGCUCCUGGGCCGAGCGCGGCAGCUGGUGGACGUCAAGAAGGAGGACGGCUUCUCGGCGCUGCAUCUGGCCUCCCUCAACAACCACCGGGACGUCGCCGAGAUCCUCGUCAAGGAGGGCCGCUGCGAGAUCAACAUCCGCAACAACCGCAACCAGACGGCGCUGCAGCUGGCGGUCACGCAGGGCCACACCGACCUGGUGCAGCUGCUGGUGGCCGAGGGCGCCGACGUCAACAUGGAGGACGAAGACGGCGACACGGCCAUGCACGUGGCCCUGCUGCGCCCGCAGCUGGCCAGCGUCAUGCUCGGCCCCGCCGAGGAGAGCGCCGACGGCUGCUCCUCCACGUCGCUCUUCUGCAGGCUGAGCGCUUCGGGUCUCCUGGCGAACGGCGAGCUGAGCGUCGGCUCGGCCAUCGCUUGCUUUCUGGCGCAGGAAGGGGCCGACGUCAACUACGCCAACCACAAGGGGAAGAGUCCCCUGGACCUGGUGGCGGACAGCGCCAUGCUGCAGCUCAUCAAGAGCUUCUCGGAGAAACACAGGUUGCAGCGUCUGCAGGCCAUCACAUGUGGGCAGGGCCUGAGCAGCGCCAGCCUGCGGCGGGUCCACACGACGCCAAACACCAUGACCAACCUAGUUCUUCCCGCGCCGCCGGGGCCCAGCGAAUGCCUCAUCUGCUCCGAGCUGGCGCUGCUGGUUCUCUUCUGCCCCUGCCAGCACAGCGUGGCCUGUGAAGAGUGCGCCCAUCGAAUGAAGAAAUGCAUCAAAUGCCAGGUCACAAUCACCAAGAAAAUUCGACACGACCAAACGGAGGUGGACUGCAGCCCCGGCACGGAGAACUCUGAGCAGCACAACCUGCUGGAGCAGCUGCAGUCUCGCUACCGGCAGAUGGAGGAGCGCAUCACCUGCCCCAUCUGCAUCGACAACCACAUCAAGCUGGUCUUCCAGUGCGGACACGCCUCCUGCAUCGACUGCAGCGCCGCGCUCAAGACCUGCCCCAUCUGCCGGCAGACCAUCCGCGAGCGCAUCCAGCUGUUCGUCUGAGCCCCUAACGACCCAAAGAGGAAGUCCGACCUGGGGGGCGGGGGGGCAGCUGUGACCUUCAAAGACCCAGUGACUCACCUGCUCAUCCGUCCCCCCCCCCCCCUUAUUGAACACUCGCUCAGCCCCAUAGGUUGCGUCACCAUGAGCCGCUGUGUUACAUCUCUAAGAGUCCCCUGCUUGUUACAUGUUGACUAGUUCCCCCUCUCCAGCGGCGCAGGCAGGAACAUGUCGAUAACUUUCAACGCACAUGAUUUUUUGCGUUGUCAGAAGCACCGAGUUAAAGAUGCGAGUACUUCGAUUGGUAAACCGGGAGUGAAGAAGGAAUGAAUCCCCCCCCCCCCCCGCUCCCGCCCAGCCUCCACUUCCUGUAAUCUGUCCCAUUUUUGCUGCUUUUAAGUGGAUGUCUGUUACCCAUCAUCCUCUCUGGCUGUCCGGCCUCCCCUGUUUACAAGGCUGCGCUUGAAUCAGUCCCCCCCCCGCCCCCCCUCUCCCCUGUGAAUUCUGUUUUUUGCUCUCAUCUGUACCGACCUCUUAAUAAUCAGUGUUAGUCUCUGCAGAGGGAGUUGGUAUAACUAAAGGCUCUCUAUAUAGUCCCCAGCCACUCGCCUGUAUGCAAGGGGAAAUACACACUAUAUAUGCAUGACUAUAUGCAUAUUGUAAAGCUGAACAUGACUGUGUGUUACAUGGGUGAUUUGUCGUCGUUGUAUUAUUUCUCUCUGGUUAUUUGUGGAUUUUUUUAUUUUUAUGUAGCGAUCAGUACAGGUUUUUAUUUAUGGUGUUACAAAGUAAUGUCCUUUUUUUCCUUUUUUUCUUUUUCGGUUGAUGCUUGCUUGGCAAAAAUGUUUUUGUUGUUGUUUCUACUGAACUUCACCCCAAGCCCAUGUCCUCUACUCAGGGUAUCAGAUCAUUGAAAGCACUUGUGAUAUCCAUAACAGGUUAAAUAGUGCCCCCCCCUCCCCCACCACACACACACACACACGCACACACAGAGAAAUGGUCAUUAAAAGUGUGCACUAGUGAAUUCACUUGGUCAACCCUCCAAAGCUUCACUGUCAUUAGUGGAAUGAAUGUUUCUAGAAGAUUUUCUUUCAUUUUCCUCCUAAAAAACCGACUCAAAUCGAUGUCCUUGAAGCAUCCCGGGCGGCUCGUUUGAGAACCCCCGGUCUGUGUCACCUGACUGGGUGUAGGGACCCCCGGCGAGCAGCUGGGUACCCGUGUUUUGUUAUUUAUCCACCAGAUGCAUUGUAAGGUCGAGAAUUAGAAGGGCAACAAAAAAACUUGACCUCUAGUUCUACGUCUGCCCCCCUCUCUCUCUCCUCCCCCCUUUCUCCUGUGGAGUUCUGGAUUGUACAUCAUCUCCAUCCUUUUUAAAGUAUCGGUGUGUUUUCUUGAAGGGCUUACGCAUAUGGAAAGAAAAAAAAUAUCCUAUCUAUUUUAAUUGUUAUUUAAUUUUUUUAAAAACAAUUUUUAUUUUUUUAUUUUUUUUGUUUUUAUUAGAUUCCCCAAUUCUGGGAGAGCCAAUGUUUAAAGAUGUACAUUUGAAUGUCGGGGGGAAAAAAUGUAUCCUGUCUCGCUCUGCCUUUUUUUUUUUUUUUUUAUGCGUCAAGAAAAAAGAAAGAAAGAAAAGAAGUCGUACGAGAAGCAGCUGGAGAGACUGAGACGUGUGAGCUUUCAUUUGAAGAAAGAACUUCUACAUCUGUGCCAAAUCGCAUGAGGCAUGCACGCCCACUUUUAUCUAUUUAAACGCACUCUUGCCCCCCCCCCCCCCCCCGAGCUCAAAGGUGAGGGGUUCAAUUAUUUCCGCGGCGUGACGUCAACUAAAAGCAAAAAAAUAUAUAUAUUUAAUUUAGUUGGAGAAUCCGAAGUGUUUUCUCUGCACCCUCAGUUCCCAUGGCGACGUGGCGACGGCCUCCUGACUCGCUCUGAACCUCCUCGUGUUCUCAUUAAGAGUUACACAACGCUCACUUCCAAAAUGUUAUCAGUCCCAAUAUUGUCUGGAUAUAAAUAUGUACUUAUAUUUUGUGAGACAUUAUCAACCAAGGGAGUCGCAAAACCUUUUUCAAGGAUUGCCCGUUGGCGUCCCGAGUCGAGGCAAAGGCGAUAAUGUUUUAGAAAGAAAAGGGGGAAGAUGUUGGAGUUCUUUCUUCUUCUCCCCCUUGAGGAGGUCUCUGUGAUUCAUGUAUACAAACACAAAGCAGCACAUGUUACUAUUGGUGUUCUGAUGUUGGCCUUACUGUCCCAUUCCUCCUCUGUUGAUGUUUUUUUCAGUUAUAUUCUGUACGAAAAUAUUUUGCAAUAAAUAUGGAACUGUUUUAUAAGGACUCGA